UGCGCGAACAUAACGUUUAUAAUCGAACUGGUCUUCGCGGCGAUACCGCGUCUCUCGAUAGAUCCUGAUAGAUCAUUGAACACUCGACAUCUCGUGUGACCCUGAAUUCGCUUGGACAUCGAUGGUAUCGAAAGAUAUUUCGGAAAACGACGCGUUAUUUAACAAGUCGAAUGUAAAUAACGCGCGACGAUGCGGGGCUCCAAGCGCACGACGUUCGCGUACGAUCCUGAUGCGCACAACGGAAAGCGCAAUAGCGGGCGUGAUGCGUGAUCCAGAGUGAUCGCGAUCGCGAUGGUGUGAUGCACAAGGUGGGACGUAGCGUAGCGGUUGUUCGAAGUUCGUUCAAACACCAGUCGAACCGAGUCGAGUCAAGUAUGCGUAGUCGUCGACGUUGACGUCUACUUAUAUCGCAUAGCGACCGAGAGUACUAGUUCGUCGGCUGAGUACAAUCCCGAGGAUCGAGACGUGGAACGUAACGUCGCGUAUAAUGCCAGUAACCGGCGGCGUCGAGACAGUUGCUAUCGUGUAAGUCGUCCCGUUACGUGCACCACGUACUCGCGUAGAAAGAACCAGCGACAGAUGAAUAUUCGCAGCUCGUAAAACGAGCGGAGAACCGAGAAAAAUGUGGAGUCCGACGCAUGUUCAAGUGACGGUUCAGAGGGCGAGGAAUUUGUUGACGAAAGGGAAACACAAGACGAACGACUGCUUCGUGACAAUCGCGCUCGGGAAGGAGAAGUAUCAAACGUCCGUGAAGGAGAAAGCUUUAAGGGACGUGGAAUGGCACGAGGAAUGCGAAUUGCUCAUCCCGGAGCAGGGUAACACCGCGGCGAUCGUCCUCACGGCUCUUCAUCGAAACUUUCUGGGUGUCGAUGAAUUUCUCGGUACCGUCAGCAUACCCCUGUCAAGCUUCGACGUCUACGAGAGACCCAGAAACAGAUGGUACACGCUAGGGAGCAAGCCAGGCAAGGAGAAGACGAAGGAGAGAGGCGAGCUCGAGGUGAAGAUAGGUUUCAUCGUGAAAGCCGGCAGCCUGACCGAUUUGAGCCACAAGGAACGGCACAAGAGCUCUCUGGGUCAGUUGUCCACGGCGGCUCACGCUAUCGGCGGCAGUUUGCUUAGUAUAAGCAGCUUUGAGAAGCGAAAGGGUCUGAGGAAAUUGGCAAAGUCGAUCGGGAAUCGCGUGAAGGGAAAGAGUAAGAACAAUCUGGACGCGAGAGAUGAUUUGGACGAAAAAGAGGAACAUAAAUUUCGAAGCAGGCAAGAACCUGGCGAAGCCGACCCGGGGGUCAUCAGCGAAGACGAAGAUGAAUUUACGUUCGAUGAUUUAUCCCAUAAGAGUUCAGCGUCGUCACUGAACGCUCCCGCGGUUGGCGUUGGCAACGGCGACAGUGUAGUUUCGGUAGCCUCGAGUACAUCCUCUGGUAAUAAUUUCGAGGCGCAUCAUCAUCCGCCAGCGCCGGCGAAUACAGCGCCCAACAAGCCACCGCGAUUCUCUAUGAGCUUCUCUACCACUGCCUUGUCCAAAGUAGACAGCAUUAAGGACGACGAAUGGGGCUUGAAAUUGUAUGGCAAACAAGUCAACAACAACGUCAAGCGAUGGGAGAAUAAACCGAGUCCAAAAAUUGUAAUAGACGAGCCGAAAGACGAACGUCGCGAACUAUCGCCGGUGAGCUCUCCUUCCGCGACUUUGAACCGUCGGGAAGCUUCAGAAUCGCCGACACCCGCGCCGCGCGAAGUUCUGCAAGUGCGGAACAGAAACGAGGAGAAACCUACGCCGAAUAAAAAUAUAAAAGACGAGAAAGUCAAGGAGAAGAAGGAAGACAAGAACGUCAUUGCCUGGAGCCCCAAAGAUGAGAAGCAACGAAAGGACAAGCGGAAGGACAAGGAGAACAAAUUGAAGGAAUUUAACGACGAGAACAAUUCGUCUUCGGAAAGGAUCAUCAUCGGAGGUGAGGAUGCUGUCAAAACAACGCUGGUGAAGAGUCGCCUACCGCAUGAAGUUCUCACCCAGUUCGAAGGAAAAUCGAGAGAGGAUCUGAUAGAGCUGACGUUGCAAUUGCAAGCUGACGUAGCGGAUAAGAAUAAACGUCUACACGAUUUGGAGGAUUAUAUAGACGCGUUGUUACUGCGAGUGAUCGAAUGUUCGCCGCGUUUGCUGCAGAACCCGUACACAGCGCAGAGACGCUUGUCGUCGCCUGGGCAUCAGUAAAUACAUCGUGAUCAAUCGGUCUCUCGAUAUUCCCUGACGCGGGCGUUCAGAUUUGAAUGCACCGUUCGGUUUGGAGUAAUCAGCGAUUGUCCCACUCGUACGUUUGUCUUACUUUUAAUGCGCGUGCUUUAAAUUAUUUACGAUUAAUGAUUAGAGAUACUGGAUACCGAUUUCCAUUGACGUCGCUACUUCGAGCGUAUAAAUUUCUUCUGUUGGAGUUUGUUUUUAAUUCUUAGUUUUCGCUUCCUCUUUUUUGUUGUCGUUUCAAUAAGGAGUUUUACCGAAGUUUAUACAGGCGUAUGCGUAUUGCACUUUAAACAACAGUGGUAUAUUUGUGCCAACUCGGAAAAUGCGGAAUGGAGGAAACUCUAUUGGUCUUCCUUGAGAUGAAUGAUUUAAAAGAAACGAUGUUUUCCGUCCAAAGUAUGAUCCCAACGUAGUAAAACAUUUAUAUUUUUAAAUAUUUAUAUGACAGCUUGUCUGACCGACCUAACUAUAUGUAUUAUAUUUUCGCAAAUAUAUUUCAUACGAAAAGUGA